AUGCUCCUGAAAGUUUUUGCCGUCGCCCUUCUCCUUGCCGUUGUCUACGCCGCCCCAACGGUUGGAUUAGAGAUUUUUUUGAUUGUUAAUUAGCAAAUUAGCUCGAUUUCAGGGAAAAAACAAUGCCGUGAAGAGAGAGGAGCAAGAAAACGAAUCUCAAAACCCUCUGGUAAGGUCUUUUUUUUCGGAGUGUUGAGGAGUUAUUCUGGUUAAUUUUCAAGCUCAUUAACUUUGUAAAAUUUCUUCGCCCCACCCUGCGCCUUUAAGCCAUUGCAUCAUCUGUAAAAAAACUAGUAAUGGAUGGACCAGUUUUCGAAAAUUCUAAAAAGUGGCUAAUUUUCAAAAAAUUCUUGGCCUCCAUUCAAAAAAUAAUCAUGUUUACUGCUAGCAAAAGGGAGUUGAAAAAUCAAAUUUAAGUAAUUUUGAAUUUUUCGGAUCACUUUUUGGUCUUCAAAGUUUCAAAAUCAACACCCAUAGAGCGCAGUUGUUCAAGUUAAUUUUUUUUUUUUCGAGCUCGAAAAUCUCUUCAACUUGUCACAAAGUUCACUUAGCCUUCUCACAGUACCUCAGAAGCUUAAAAAAAAACAGUAGAGGUCAAAACAACCUUCAAAAAGCCCUUCUUCUCAAGACCAUUUAUUCAACUCCACUCAUGCUCCUUUAAAACUUAUUAUGAACAAGCUAUAUUUUUUCAAACUUUUUUUUUUGUAAAUCUUUCCGAUCUAUUCCCCAUGAAAAGAAAAGAAGACAGGCGAUAUUAUUUGUGCACCUGACCUCGAAACGACAUUCUCAAAAGCUUCAAACUCUUGCCAAGUUUUGAGCCAUUCCAAAUGCGGCCACAAGAGUUUUUAGUUCCCUAUGCUUCUCCAAACAAUAUAUGAAUGAAUUAUAAGAUUCUCUUCGAGUUGAAGUUUUUUUGUUGGCCGCAUAGGGAAUGGCUUAUGCGCCCGACCUUGAAACGACUUUCACACAAACUUCAAACUCGUAAAAAUAUUGAGCCAUUCCAAAUGCGACCAUAGAAGUUAUUAAUUUCGUAUGUUUUUUCACAAUCUUAAUGAAUGGACUGUACGAUUCUCUGCAGUUUCAAGCUUGUUGGUCGCAUGGAGAAUGGCUCAUGCGCCCGACCUUGAAACGACUUUCCUACAAGCUUCGAGUUCAUGAAAACAUUGAGCCAUUCCAAAUGCGACCAUAGAACUUCUUGAUUACCUAUGCUCUUUCAAAUUAUUUAUGAAUGAACUCUGCAUACUCCUGGGGUAGAAGUUUGUUGGUCGCAUUGAGAAUGGCUCUUGCGCCCGACCUUGAAACUACUCAAUAACAAGCUUCAAACUCGUGCAAAUAUUGAGCCGUUCCAAAUGCGACCAGAUGAAUUUUCAAGUUUGAUGCGCUUGUUUACAAUAUUCAUGAAUGAACUGUACGAUUCUCUGCAGUUGUUGGUCGCAUGGAGAAUGGCUCUUGCGCCCGACCUUGAAACGACUUUCGCACAAGCUUCAAACUCCUUAAAGAGCUUUCAAGACCAGAAAACAUGUACAUUUCCUAUGCACCUUUAAAACUUUUCUGAAUGGAAUAUAUGAUUUUCCUCGGUUUUUUGGUCGCAUGGAGAAUGGCUUUUGCGCCUCUCUGCUCGCAAACCAAUUUGAACAGGAGAUUCUUGAACCACUCAUCUUAGGUCCUCCCAACGAGUUCGGAAAGCCAUUCCGACGAAGAUCAGGAGCAUCCGGUCGAAAAGAGAAGCUUGAGCAAGACGGCCGCCAUGAGAAGGGCCGACAGUUCGCCGAGUUCUGAACCGAUAGAAUGCGACGAGGACGAAGAAAGCGAGUGCGAAGCGGAGGAGGACGACAACAGCAACGCCAGCAACAACAGCAACGACAGCAACGACAGCAACGCCACCAAUGCCAGCGACGACAGCGAUUAG